AUUAUGCUGCUGAUGAUAACAAGCUUGAAUGAUGUGCUCUAUUCACUCUCUUGGAUAAUUCCAUUGGCGUGAUUAGCACGCCAUUCAGACGUAGUGGGCCAAUCCAAUUCAACCUUGUUCCUGCAUUUAUUAUAGGGAGAAGUUUCAUCAAACGCUUGAUGGAGCUUGGAACUAUAGGUAUUGUCAAAUCAGAUCGUUCCAGAACACCAUUAAAUCAACUUUAACCGACCCAGGCAACCACCAAAAUCCAUACCUAAUCCAAAGCAAGAUAUAUGAGAUGCUGGAAGGAAAUUCAUAACGUGUAUUAUAUAGUCUGUUUGAUCCCGGGUGCUAGACCCUAUAGCGAUUUUGUUAUAUCGUGUCCCCGCACUUUCGUGAUGUCUAGCCUUCUAUAGAGGGAACGCGUCCGUAUCCCGAAACGAUCAAUCCUCCGUUACGGUGACAUCGACAAUAAGAAAAUUUGUAGAAGCCACUAAUUAUCCGAUCAGGCUCGCCAUGACAUUACACCGAGGGCCGGUGGGCGUAGGGGAUGCUGUCAACGCUGUAUAUAAUACGAGAUAGGGGAGCGAAGAUCGGCGUAGCUAGAAGAGCAUGUAUUUAGCAGCACAUGCAAGCUAAAUCGCUGCCCGGUUAGAUAAGCUACGACGAAAUAUGAAGCCAUCUUCACUCUUGUGGGCCUCCGCGGCAACCGGCGCCCUGGGCGCAUCAUGGAUUGCGCCGGGUGCUGUGUGGUAUGACACCGAUGGAAACAAAAUCGAUGCUCAUGGAGGAGGUGUCGUGAAGCGUGGCGAUACCUUCUACUGGGUCGGCCACGCAGCUAGCAACCAGACGCCGAACUUGUAUUCAUCCACUGAUCUCAUCAACUGGAAGAACCUUGGGCAACAGGCGAGCUCUGUUAGUGGAAUGUGGCGGCCAAAGAUAGCAAAGCCGAACGGUUCAUUUUGGUUGUAUGGCCAGCAGGACCGUUAUGUUCUUUCCUUAAAGUCGGCGAACUUCGUCGGGGGCUAUGGCCAGUCGGCCAAGGUUCAUAUCCCACCAAACGACUACUCCUAUUCGGAUACUGGGAUGUUCUACGACGAAGACUCAGAUACAUGGUUCCUCCUAACCAGCGCCGACCACAAUAUCGUCCAGGUUAACCGCAUCAACAGUGACGGUGCGCUAGGCGACAAAGUUUCAGAUCUGAGAAGCGGAGCAUAUGAAGCCCCAGGCAUAGUGAAAGCUGAUGGGGUGUACUUCUUGAUUGUCUCGGGGAAGACUGGUUGGCGUGCUAAUCCCAACAAGGUCUUCUGGUCGAGUUCGAUUAACGGCCCUUGGGCUGGAGGAUCGGACAUUGCUCCACAGGACCAGAACACCUACGGCUCGCAGAACACAUUCGAGUUGACGGUUAAGGGCUCGCAAAAGACCACUUAUAUUUAUAUGGGAGAUGCUUGGGACUCGAAAGGAGGAGCGAGCUCGAACUAUGUGUGGGCACCCCUGAACAUCAAUGCUGGAUCGCACUCGGUUCAGAUUGACUACCAUUCGAUGUGGAAAGUCGAUGUUAAUACCGGAGUGGUUUCUUACCCUAGCACCCAGAAGCGUUACGAGGCCGAACACGCCGUAUUGUCAGGCAGGACAGUGGUGAAAGAUUGCAAUGAGUGCCUAAGCAAGCGUUCUGUACACGGAGUGGGCGACUCAAGCGACGUGACCUUCCACAACGUCACCGGUACUGGAUCUCGUCAGUGGCUAUCUUUCCACUACCGAGUCACCAACCCAGAGGCUGGCGAGGCCCACAUAUUCGUCAACGAUGAGCCGGCCGUCAACAUCUCGAGCCUAAACUCUCGCGCGGGAUACCACACUUCUACUCCGGUUCAGCUUACCCUGAAGCCUGGUGAUGUAAACACUAUCACGUUUGGGGCAACAGGCACCGACGGAUUCGAAGUUGCUGUAGACGGGAUUGAACUGUUUGAAGAGGAUGAGGAGUGAAUAUUGUGAAGUAGUAGUUUGUUACUUCAUUACAGUGGAAUUAAGAUUCGUAGUAUAUAUUGUAUCGGUUGAUGUUUGAUGUUAUGACUUCAAUAUCUACAUAUCUUGAAUUA